CCAAAACCUGUCAAAAUAAUCAGACAGAUCUUGACAGUGACGCAAUUUCAUCACGCUCGAUUAAGUCUUGUCAAAAUCAUAUCUGCAAAUCGUACUUGGCAACUUUUAAUCGAGCGUGCUUAGACAUACCACGAUCACAUCUCUUUCAGAACGAAUUAAUCUUGUACAACAGUGUACGAUAUCUCACUCCAAAGAAGAAGCACAAAUCAAGUAAAGCAAGCAGAGGAGGGGGUAAAGCACGAUGAAGAUCACAAAGAUGCCAAAGAGAUUGGCUGAGCCUAUUCCUCAGGUGCAAAAGUUGAUGGAAUCAGUGAUGAAUGCUAGCGAUGACGAAUUACCAAAUAUCUUGGACGGCAUCGUGGAGUGGUGCUGGCCACGUGGCGAUUUGCACUUCUGGGUACCAGCUCUCAAUCGAUUUGAUACAAUCUUGGAGGAAACCUGUCGUGAUUACGAUCUAUCCAACCUACAAAUAAACGAAUUCACCCCAUUGCGAAAACGAUUAAUCAUUUCCGUUUUACACUUCAGUCGUUUACUCAUCGAGAAUAGCACAAGUCGCAAAUUAUACAACUCCUACGAGCAUCUGAGAAAUUUACUCUUUGCUCGUGAUAUCGAUGUACUCGAAGCAACACUUCGUUUAUUCUUACGAUUUGCUCAACAGCAUAGCGGUCAACAUCCUCGUGCUGAGCUUUUGCCAUCGCAAGAACGACUUGCCACUAUGGCAGUCACUUGGGCUCCACGCGAGCAUGGAAUGGAUAGCGUGGACUUUGUGAAGGAUUCGAUUCAAGUUCCACCAUCAUUCUCUCAUGUACGCUUUCAAUUUUAUCGUCGCUCAAAUGGUGAAAGUACAAGCAAAGCCGAUCCAUGGAGUGCCAUGCAAGAUGCCUCCAAUGUAGAAGCAACACCUACCACAACGCCUGUUCGUCCAAGACCACGCGACAGAUUGUCAUCUGCUAGCACCAGUGUGACUUCAGGGCUACAUGCAGCUCCUUCGACUUCGCAUUCAUCGGCGAAUGUUACCAAUGAACCAUCAGCAAGUACAGAGGAAGGAUUGACAACUAUCGAUCUUGGCGAUGUACAAGCGUCGGGAAAGGAUGCAAUGGACAUCUUGGCAGAUGCAAUUGAAACACAUCAUAUCCCUCAAGAAGAUCAAUUUGAGCUGUUUCAAAAGCUCAGAUUUGCCACAUCCUUAUCAACCACAGAGCAACGUCGUCAGCUAUUGACUUGUCGAUUACUGGCCAUUGCUUGCUAUGCGCAUAUCACUUCUGAAAAUACAGCAUCAACACAAUUGUUCUUGUAUGAACCUGAUAUCGUCAGUCGCUUAGCUGCGCUCGUCAAACCCGAGCACGAUUUGCCGCAAAGCAUUGUCGCAGGUGCUCUGUAUGCAUUGGACGCACUUGGCCGUUAUCGUAGCAAGCUUAAUGAGGUGCUCAGCUCGUUGAGUGCAUCAGUCAACCACGGUGUGCUGAUGCAGGUGCUUCGCGCGGUUAUUGAUGAUUUGGCAACUGGACAACCUUCACGUUGUGACCAAUUGAUUGACGCAUUCUAUGGCCUGGUCUCCUUUGUCACUUCAACUUCCGUCGGAAGUGGACUUGUGGUUGGAGCAGGUCUUGUACAAUUGCUAGUCCAACUCAUUGAUCGUGCCAAGCCAGAGACAUACAUUGUUCAACGCAGUAUGACCCGUGCUUUGGGCCUGCUGGAUAGUGUCAUCUAUGCAUACUUGCCCGCAUUCAACCUCUUCUGCCAAGCACAAGGACUCGAAGUGUUUGUUCGUCGUAUUGAAGAAGAAGUGGAAAGAGGCAUUCAAGCCAAUGCGGAUGAAAUGCAAGAAGAAGAAGCGGAAACACCCCCAAAGAACUCUCUUGAGUCGUUGUAUGGCAAGAUUCCUUUUGGACGCGCACAUCUACUACGGGCAUUCUUGCAAUCUAUUUCACACAUGAUGGUUUCCACUGGUACUGCUGAAGGUCUACGAAAUUUGGUGGAUACAUCAAUGCUGGCUUCCAUCAAGUCAAUAAUGGCUCAUCGAAAGAUCUUUGGUCCGCAAAAUCUUGCCCUCAGCAUCAAUAUCAUGGCAACAUUCGUGCACAAUGAACCAACGUCGCUCGGAAUCAUUCAAGAGAAGAAGCUUCCAGAAGCGUUCUUAGCUUUGAUCAAAGAUGACAUCGAGCCUCAUUUCGAUGUAAUCAAUGCUGUGCCAAAUGCGGUUGGUGCACUUUGCUUGAACCAAGCAGGUCUGGACAUGUUUGGAGCAGAGCCAAUCAUCCCCAAACUUCUUUCUUUGCUCACAUCAGAGAGACACAUCAAGGUUCUUUCCGAUCAAGAUAAUGUCACUGUUUUCGGAGCGUCAAUCGAUGAGUUGACCCGACAUCAGCCAACUAUGUUACAGGCGGUAAUCGAAGGUUUGGUUGAGGUUCUGAAGCAAAUUCAAAAAGCAGGAAGCGAAUUCGAAGCACCCCCUGUAGAGGAUGUUUCCGCUUAUCAUCUUUCCAAAGCAGAGCAAUCGUCAUUGGAGCAAUUACAUUCUACUAAAGCGGAGCGUGUGAUCGCAUUUGGUGAUAUUUUGGCAGAUGAUUCGGAAGUCAAGAAGAACGAGGCAGUAAAGGAUGUUAAUAUCGUUGGUCAAUAUGUAGAUGUGACCGCUCGUUUCUUAGAAAUUUUCUUCCAAUCGGCAAAUCACUGCAAGGACUUUAUCAAAGUGGAUGGAUUGGUUCAUCUUUUGAACUUCUACGAUCUACCUUGCAUAUCUUACAAUUUUGGAGCCUCAACGGCUGCCGAUUCAAUUGUCCAUCUGAUCCGCUACAUUGCAGAAAUCAGCCCUACUGUGGUCAUUCAAGGUCUCUUGGGAGAAGUGAAGAAAUCAAUUGACGAAACGAAAAACAUCUGGGCGCACUCUCAGAAUGAGUCGAAUUUGAUCAAGCUUAUCGCACCCCUUUCAGACGAAGAUCUACAAAAGUAUGAUUCGCAAUUCCGCCAAUUGAUCAAGAUGAACGCUCGUAUUCAAUUACUUUCUGAUGUAGCGCCAACGCUCACCUAUGCUGGAUCAAAGACACCAGCUCCCUUCUUGCAGGUAAUCAAUGGCACCAACAGUUCUGGUAAUGGCGAAUCAAAUACAAGUGCUUCGACAAUUGCAGACUUGUCUCACUUUCACAGAGAUUGGGUUUGGGAAAGCAUCCUUUUCCGUGCUUCUGCACCAGCAAGAUCGCCGCCUCCUAGCGACAAGGACAAGUCAACGGAGCAGGAUCGAGCAAAUGCAGUAUCGCAAGCUAGCAGUUUGCCUAUCAUCAUGGAAGUAGAAGGAUCCGAAGGUGACAACGUUCCAAGCAAAGAGGAGGGUCUGAGAACCAUCGAGAAUAUGCAAAAUCGUACGCUUGACAAGUCAGAUCCAAUCAUGAAAAAUGCUGCAGCUUUGCGCUACAUUGUUUCUGCCGUCAAGAUGUCUUUGUCAGCCUUCUUCUCCGAAACGGGUAGACUGCUCUCCUCGCGUCGCUCGCAUGAUCAUACUCACAAACGUCUUGCUAUGCUUACCGCCAGUCAAAUCGGAAAAGGUGUACGUGAAUUCCUCGUAUGGAAGGAAUGCGAUCAAGCAGUAUUGAGUUGUGCUUACUCAACCUCAGCAAUGCAACAAGCUCUCAAGUUAUUGUACGAUGAAAGGCCGAGCAAUAUCGGAAAUGCGCAAACCUUUGUCCUGAUCCCCUUCUUGCGGGAAGGUGGAUUGGAUCAAUUGAUUGCGAAUUGGAACCAUCUCUUGAACGAAUUGCAAUCUCACUUCGAGGCUGAUGGAAAGCCUAAACCAAACUCCGACUUGAAUGAUGCAGUGCAAUUAGGAUACAUUUGUAGCGCUAUCCGAGCUUGCUUGGACUUGUUCUUGAAGUUGGUAUCAUCAAAAGCGCUUCUCGAAUCACCUGCAACUCAAACAAUGACGUCCAAAGAGGGUGUAAAGAGGUCAUCUUCCGAUUUCUUCGACCCAUACGAGACUUUGAUCAAUUUGCGUGCAACGAUCUUGCCUGUGGUAUUGGAAGUGUGGAAUAAAGCUUGGUUAGAGCAUGCUCCUUCUGGAAUCAGUAGCACUGUUUUACAGAUCCUUCUACGAAUUCUGGAAGCUGAUGGAGAGACAAAGCCACCAAAGCGUGAAACAUCUUCUCAGACUCAUCAUCCGCUCGGUGCAACAGGCGUUCUGGCAGGCUCUUCUGCUUCUGCUGGCGCAAUUGGUUUGCCAGCCGCUUUGGCCGGUUUGACAGGUGGUUUGGGUAGCAUUCGAAGUCGAGGUUCAGCUUUGGUACCUGAUGAGAAUCGUAUUCGACAAUUGAUGGAUAUGGGUUUCCCAAGACGUGCAGCCCGCCAUGCCUUGGUUCGUUGUGCGAACAAUUUGAGUGCUGCAGCAGAGUAUCUGUUGAUGCAUCCAGAAGUUGUGACUUCCAUGAUGGAUGAUGAUGCUCCAGAACAGCCCACUGGUGCUCGACAAGAAGAUGCCUCAGACUCAACUGCUGCGCCUCCCACAACGGCCCAAGAAGGCGAAGGCAGCUCCAAUACAGCAGAGGCUGCGUCAGAAAGUCAAGCAGCUCCUGCCACAGGCGAUGCAACUGCAGAACCCGAGAAUCGAGACAAUACUGCCGAUGAAGUAAGCGCAAGCGAUAGUAUUGUUGACAUGCUCUCACAAGCACUACCAAUUGCGCCUGCCGAUGAAGUCAAUCCCGCACAGCAGAAUGAUGUUGAGAUGGGAACUUCCACCAAUGCCGACGCAGAAGGACAGGUAGAAGAGUCUGUUCAAAAGGAUGAUGCUGGUGCGUCUGAGAAUUCGGAAGCAGAACUUGAAGAACUCAAGCGUAUGACAGAGAGACUGAACGAAUCACGGUCUGAGAUCAGGAAAACUUUGGUUCAACGUGCUCUUCAACUAGCUGAGAGACAUGGCUCUUUGGUCUUCGAUGUAAAGACAGCGGUUCACUUGGUCAGCAAUUCAUUUGCCAACAGCGAAUUACUCGUAUCACUUUUCGAUGAUGUAGAGCAAAAGUCAAAGACGGACACGAAUGGUGAAGGAGAAAAGUCAAUCUCUGUUCGUUUACAUCUUUUGGCGUUAAUCUUCCAUGACACUACCGUUACGAUCAAAUUGUCACCCGAAAAAGCAAAGAGAUUUAUGGGCUCUUUGGUAACACUUGUGAACUCAUACUUAGGAAGAAUGCAGGAGAAUAGCUCACGUCCAAUAUGGUUCGCUUCUCUUCUUCUGGUGCUAACAUCUGUUUUGAGAGCAGAGUACGAAAUUGAAACAGUCAAGAUUGAAGAAAAGGAGGCUGCAGCUGAUGCGGGCACGAUCCGCGUAACCCCUUCAACUUUGUUCGACGAUGACUUGCCCCAAUUACUAAGUUUCUGCUUGGCUCAAUUUGAACAUCUCAAUUCGUUAACGCGCGAUGAUUGGCUGGCCGUAUAUCGGUUCCUUGUCAUCUUGACAAGACGUAGGUCAAUUGCUGCUCAAUUUAGUCAACGAGAUGAAUUGCAAAAGCUGAUGAAACCUUUUGCUAUUCUGGAGCCUGAUCAAAUUGCUGGUUGUCGUGCAUUGUCUGUCAUCAUUUUGCGCAAUGUGCUUGAAUCGGAUGUGCACAUUUUGCGUUCUACCAUGAAGCAAGACGUACUCGUGUGGCUAUCCCAUCAACGUACAAAGACUGUUGACACGACUGCUUUAUCUCGAGCUCUGUCUUACGCUAUGUUACGUGAUCCAAACAUCUUCAUAGAAAUCUUGGUAGAAUCUGUUCAUCUUGUCGAUUAUUCGGUAGCAAAAGGUCAAGGAUUCGUCAAAGCGAUUGAAGCGCCAAAAGACCGCAACAAUACCCAAGACUCUCAACCAUUCACAUCUCCUUUGGACCGUGAUACAGACGAACAGAUGGACGAAACCCAAGAAUCUCCUACCAAGCCGAGCAAAAGUGCUGCUCAAGCCAACAAUGCCGAUGAAAAUGAAUCUGGUAAAGGAAAAGCUGCAGGUGCUGCUGGAGGUGCCGAAACAAGUUCAGUAAGCGAUACUGUGAUGCAGUUCCUUUUGGCCCAAUUGAUACGCUUCUCACGCGAAAUCAUUACGAAAAAGCCACAAACCAGCACAAUUUCAGGAAAGCAGCCACAAGGCGAUCAAAUGGAGGUUGAUUCUGCAACUAAGAAAGAUGAAAAGACCCGAGUAGAAGGAAAUGAAAGGGAAAAGCAGGUAUUCUACACAGCUUUCUUGCUGCAGACUUUGACAGAAUUAUUGUCUUCCUACAUUGUGUGCAAGACAUCUUUCCUGCACUCUACCAAGCGAAAAGCCUUGCACACAGCCGUGAGCAGCACAAAUGCUUUCAAUACCAGCAGCACAGCAUUGAAGAAGGAUUCAACGCCUUUAAAGACCAAGAAUCAAGGCUCGAUUCUACACUUCUUCCUGACUGAAUUGAUCCCAUCUGGUUUCCUUUCAUCCCGUGAAUAUGAAGAUAUGCGAAGAGUGAUGACCAUUUCCAACUGGUCAAUGUCUGUCAUUGUCGCAUUAUGUGCUGAUAUUGGUUCAACUAUCUCAAAGGACAACCAUGGCGAAGUGGGUCAAACAAGGAGAAAUGUAUUGGAUGCGCUUGCCAAAGCUAUGAAAGAAUCAACGUCCAGCUCAGCUCCGGUUCCUGCUGCCAAGACAUUGGAGCCUGUUGAGACAAGGUAUGGUCGAUUAUAUUCUAUGGCCGAUUUGACCUACCGUUUGCUCAAAGCACAGCCAAAUGCAAACCCUUCUUCGCUCGCAUCUGCGCGACCUUGGGAUGAUUCCAUGUUGCACUUGGCCAAGACAAUGCUUGAACGCAACUUUGUCACCACUUUGACAAGUGCUUUAGCAGAUGUUGAUUUGAAUUUGCCAAUGGUAAAGCCAUUGUUGGAUCGAAUCUUGAAGCCAUUAGAGUAUCUCACUAAAGUUGCCAUCAAGAUGAACAGAGCUGAACGCAAAGGUGAAAAGCAACGAGGCACUUUGAUUGAUUCAGAUGAAUCUGGUACAUUUACAUCUGAUGACUCAAUUGAAGAUGAUGAUAUGGACGAAGAUGAUGACGAGGAUGAAGAAGAAGAUCAUCACGACCACGAAGAAAACAGAGAAGAAACGCCAGAUUUCUAUCGCAAUUCAAGUCUUGGUAUGCACACCGGUGAUUUGGAAGGUGGCUAUCAAGGAAUCGAUGAAGACGAGGAGGAGGACGAAGAUGAAGACGAAGACAUGGAUGAUGAUAUGCAUCAUCCCAUGGGAUUUGAUGACGAACACACCGAUGACAGUGAUGAUAGCGAUGACGAUAUUGAAGAACGAAUCGUUGAAGUCAUGGAAGAAGAUGAUGAAGAUGCAGAUAUGACCGACAGCGAUAGUGAUGAUGAUGACGAUGAAGAAGGCGACGAAGAUGAAGAUGGAGAUGAAGAUGGUUGGAUCGAUGAAGAUGACGAAGAUGACAUUAUUGAUCUCGACGAUAGCGAAGACGAGGGCGAUGAAGACAAUGAAGCAUUAGACUUCGUAAUCGACGGCGAUGGUGAUCAAGCAAACGCAUUGUUUGAGCAAGCAGGACAGUUCUUCCACGCUCACGAUCACGAUGACCUUGGACCUGAUGGCUUGCCUGCGCCUAUCAUGGUUGAAGGCGAGGACGAUGAUGAAGACGAAGAAGAAGAAGAAGCUAUGGAAGAAGAUGAGGAAGGUUCGGUGUUGGAAGAAGUAUUUGAGGAUGGUCUGCAACCGCUUGGGCUAUUGGAUCCAAUGGAAACGUUCAACGCUGCUCCUGUCGACCGAUUCGGUGCAAAUUGGGGAUGGACCAAUGUACCAAAUCCUGCUUCUGCUUCUGCCAGAGGAAGUGGUAAUGGGGGCGAUGCAGCAGAACCACAUCAAGGAGCCGCGCCGACUACAGUCAACCCACUUGCUUUCAUCCGUCAAAGAGCUACUUCUUCCCGUCACUCAAGAUCUCGAAGAUUAUUGGAUUGGGAUUCAGAUCCUUUGGGUCAUCCUGUGCCGCCUAUUGGUGGUCGAGUGUAUGGAUAUCCUGGCACAGGCCGUCGCCCAUUGAUGGGCGAAGGCUUAGGAGGAAAUGAUCAAGAUAUUGUCUCGCAUCCUCUUUUACAUCAAGAUCCACAAUCUGACGCCUCACGUUCAGGCAAUCCAACAUCACGCCUACAUCGCUCAUUGGCAACAAGACGUGAUCAUGCCCAUAGACGUGGUGGAGAGCGUGAUCAAGGUUGGGCGCAAUCAUUGGAAGAGAUGAUGGAAGGCGGUGCGAUGCAAUUCUUGGAAACAAUCUUGUCCAGAAGUGGUGCUGCGGGCAUGUUGGGAAAUAGCGAUGAGCCAAUCCGUAUCUCACUCACUUCGCAGGGUGGAAUGUCAAGAAUGUCAAUCGGCGGACAAACCAUCACUCGUGGUUUCGAUGCAAAUUUCGGCAACAUUCCAAGCAGACGCUCGAAUGAUCAAGAGGGCGAUAGUUCUGACCGAUCAAGUUCAAACCGACCAAUCGAUAUUGUUGCUCUCAUUCAGGAAUUCACACCAGCUCAAACAUCAACUCGCUGGACAGAUGCUUCUCGAAUCGUGCAUGGACCACAAGCGCACGAACGAUCAUCUUCUCUGCGUCCAUACAUGAUCAAUGCAUUAAGAUCAGGCUAUUUGCGUGAUCAAGAAGAUCUCAAACGUAGAGAGGCAGAAUUGGAAGAAGAGAAGCGUAAAAAUAAAGCUGAUCUGGAAGAAGCAAAGCAAGCGAAGGAGAGGGUUGAGAAAGAAUUGAAUGAAGCCAGAGCGCAAUUUGAAGAAUUACGCCGUGGAAAUCAAAACGAAUCCGAACAGCGGGAAUCUGCAGCGCAGAAUGAAGUGCCAGCGCAAACAAGCACAGAAAGUCAGAAUACUGCAAAUGAUGUAGAAAUGAGCGAUGAUACUGUCCAACAGAACGCUGAAACCUCUACUGCUGAAUCUACACUGCCCACUCCUGCCAAUUUGGAAUUGGGUUCUCUUCAGCAAGGCUUGGACGAGCUUGACACGAGUGCUUCUGCUCAAGCUGAUCGUACCACUGCCGGUGAGGGAACAUCAAACGAGAGUGAGCAAGCUGAAACACAGCCACAAAGUGCUGCAGCAGAACCGAAUGAGCCUCAAGCUCAGCCAGCUCAGCGCGUUACUACAACUGUCAAUGGUAGCGAGAUUGACAUUACAGAUUCAGGUAUCGAUCCAACUUUCCUUGAAGCCUUGCCGGAAGAGAUGCGUGAAGAAGUUCUCAAUCAACACUUCCGGGAACGCCGGGUUGCCGCCGCAGCUGCAGCUGCUGCAGGAGAUGGCAAUACAUCUUCAACUGAUCCUAGUGCAAAUGCUGAUUCGACGAGCAUUGCUCCUGAGUUCUUGGAUGCAUUACCACCAGAAAUUCGAGCAGAAGUCAUUCAACAAGAAGCACAGGAAAGAGCAAGACGCCGCUUGGAAGAAUCCCGUCGAGAAAGCCGUCGAACAGGGGGAGAAGGUAACAAUGCUGGUUCUGGCGGUCCUUCUGAGAUUGAUCCUGUGAGCUUUUUGGCCACUUUAGGACCAGAUUUGCGCAAUGCUGUUUUGUUGGAUCAAGAUCAAAGCUUCUUGGAUAGUUUACCGGCAAGUAUGUUACCAGAGGGUGAUGAAGCAAGAAGAACACAACGCAGACACGUGGACAUGCGAAGAUUGCACAGAAGAUUCGAUGCUACAGGCAUGCCGAUCGCAGCGGGUGAUCAGAGCGGACCAUCUGGUCAGACGAAUGGUGCAGGCCGUGAAAAUGAAAACAGAGGCGCAGAUGCUCAAAAUGCAGAUUCCACCGCGAACAAGGCAAACCAGCCCGGUUCACGCGAUGCUAUUCAGUUGCUAGACAAGUCAGGCAUUGCUGCUCUUGUUCGAUUGAUGUUCUUCCCUCAAAUGGAUGCUCAACAAAGUGGUCUUCGCCAUGUGAUGAUCAACCUUGCCGAAAAUGCCAAGACAAGACACGAAUUGCUCAAUUUGUUGUUGUUGAUGUUAGCCGACAGUUGCAGUACCGAAACGAAUGCUGUUGACCGAAGUUACGUUCACAUGAGCGGCAGGAUGAAUAGCAAUAAGCAGCCUGUCCAAACUCCAACAAGGCCAAACGCACGCAGAGUCAACUCGACGCCUGGUACGGCGGCACAUGCUUCUGGAAGUGGCACUGCAAGCAAUCCUUCAGCUCAAAACCCUGCUUUCAUUGCACCAAUCUCCCGUACAGGUGAUGAAGCACCAUUUUUGAUUGCUUCAAGAAGUAUCGAGAUGUUAUUGCAUCUUGCGGGUGCAAACGAAAGAGCUGCUUAUUACUUCUUGCGCGACGAUCCAAACAAUCACAGCUUGAUGAAAUGGUUCAAGAGAAACACCUCUGUGAAUCAUGCGCAAACACCAAAAGGCAAAGAAAAGGGACAAGCUGUUCAAAGUAGCAAUGCUCCAAUCAAUAUUCUGUUGAUCUUGUUGGGCAAACCUAGCAUUCUCGCAAAUUCACAAUUGGUUGAUAAUUUGAUUGCAUUGUUACACACCGUCACAAAACCACUGCCAACGAUCGCCUCAAACGUAAAGAAGGCUCAGGAGGCUGCCGAUGCAAAGCAAUCUUCGGAUAAACCAUUGACAGCUGAUACAACUUCUGCAGCAACUGCAAACACUGGAGCUUCAAAUGGUGAAAGUACUGAUCAAGCCAAGCAAAAAGUGAAUGCUCAAGGCGAAGAAAGCAGCAAUUCUACUUCUUUGCCAGAGAGUAUGCCUCAAAUUGCCGCUGAUCGCAUGUCAGCAGUCGUCAAACCAUUGUCCACGAGCAUCAGCUCAAAAGGCUUCCAAAACACUCUUGCAGUUGCUUCUAAUUUGGCCACCAUUGAUGGAGCUCGUGAUUUGAUCACUAAUGCAUUGCAAGAAGAAGCAAAGAUGGCCAGCAAAAAUUUGCUGUCCGAAUUGGAUUUGCUUUUGGAGAGCUUACCGCCUGCACCCGUUCAAGAUAGCAAUGAAGAUGAACAUGAUGAAUCAAGAAGAAUGUCUCAAAGCAAUCCAGGUGAACAAGCUCCAAUCGUUCAACAAACGCAACAAAGACAAGCUGCUCCAACUGUGCAUAUCAACAGUCCUGCUUUGACACAAUUGGCUAGUCCAAGCAGCAGUCAAACGGUCAUUUUGCGUAGCUUGCGUGCAUUGGAGUGGGUGAUCUCUCAUCCAAAGAAUGCGACGAAUGGUUCAGGUUCCAAUAAUGCUCAUCCCUCAGGCUCGAACCGUCCUCAUUCUCAUCAUCACCCGAUUGGCGGAACAACAACGAUUCGACUAGUUUGAGAGAAACAAAAAAAAGAAAAACAUAUUAACUUCACGUCUACAAUGUACAUUUUUCACAUCAGAGACAUAGAAAUAUUUCAUGUACUAUUCUCCUAAUUCAAUUGACUCAAGUUUCCAAAUU